AUGUCCGAGGCUACAUGGUCUGAGGAGAGGUUGAACCAUCCUCAUGUGAAGGGGCAGACUAUCUCGUAUGAGACUGCGGUUAAAGAGGACCUCGGCACCCUCCUUCGUGUGUCGACUAGACAGCUGACGAUCAUCCAGCGGAACUUCGUACCGGAGGACAAUUGUGUUCAAAUGCAGAUGUAUCUUCAUCGUGGUGUGGAUAACGUCGAGGUCUGCCCAUAUGCGUUGAUCCUUGACUUGUCGAGAAUCGCUCUUGUGUGGAAGCAGAGACUCAUUGGCUCAUCAGUUGAAGGAGGAGCAGCACCUAAGGUCGCUGUCAUGAGCAGUGGGAAAGAGUCCGCGCCGGAGUUGCUUUGUGGAGGGACGGUGAAGGGGUCGAAGGAGCUACUGGUGUUGAAUAAGCAUUUAGCAAUAGAGGAGGAUGCUGAUGAGGAGGGGACGCUGGUGCCAGUUGUGGUUGACGAGAUUAUCUCGGUUAGUGUGCAUGAUGUGCUCGACUCGGGAGAAGUUCCUGUGGUGGGGGAGAUAGCGGAAGUGUCGACGGCCUCAGGGGAUGCUAAGGAAGCUAUCAAGGAAGACUAUUUGAGGGCGGGACUCAUUCAUCUCAUGACUGCUCAAUGCAAUGAGGGUGCAGCUACUGUAGAGGAGGGGAAGGACACUUUGGUCGAUCAGGAGCUGUUAACUAGUGAUCCUGAUGAGCUGAGGCAGCUGGCGAAGAUCGCCCGGGAGAAGGGUCAAAUUGAUAGGGCAUGUAACUUGCUUGGUGAUGCCUGUGAGAUUACUUGUAAUCAAGAAGGAACGGAUACGUGCAAGGCGAUGGCGGCAGUACUCUUCGACUUUGGGGAUUGUUUGCUGGCGAAGGAAGAAGAGUCUUUGGACAUCUUGAAUGCGGAUGGUGGGGAGAAUGGCAGUGAUAUGGAUAACGUGUUGGGGGGAGGGUCGUCAUCGAAGAGUGCGAUGGAUCGACUGCAGGAGGCAGUUGAUAUGGUCAAAGCAACGAGGGAGAGAGAGCUUGCUACUGGCAAGGGGGCAGAUGAGGAUGCCGAGUCGGAUGUGGAUGACCUUCAAUUAGCUUGGGAGAAUCUCGAGCAGUGCCGUAAUUGCUUGCAGCUCUUCACGGAGGAGGAGAUGCCGUGGGACCUCGCCAGGCGCUGUCAUAGCCGACUUGGGGACUUCCUGCAACUGCAGGAGCGGUAUCCUCAGGCCUGCGAGGAAUUCGAAAAAGCUCUGGAAAUCUGCAAUAAAUGUUGUCCACCUGUUGAUGCGAGAGAAAGAGCUGUGAUCCUGUUGAGGUUGGGUGAAUGCCAGCGUCAAGAGGACAAGGAGAAGGGAAAGAAGACUCUGUUAGAGGCUAAAGCAUUGCUCGAGGGUCAUCAACAGCAGCAUGACCAGAACGAUGACAUCCUUGCCGCUGUAAAUGAAGCACUGGAGGAUAAUCGAGAGGAAGAGAUGAAUGAUCAGGUGAAGGUCAUUCAACAGAUGAUGUCAUCUGUGUCACGGACAUCUAAUGGAGCAUCAUUUCCUCUCGGAGCUUCCACGUCGGCUAAGUUUGACAAAGCGACUCUGGGAUCUACUUCUAAGCGCGGGGAGAAAAUCAAUCGAGCAUUCAUCGUUGGACGCUCCGGAGCCGCAAUCAAGGGUACUUGGUUGGAUAGGCCAGUGAACUUCGCUCGUCCCAUCCGCGAUGCAUGGCAGUUACUGCAUCAUCGAUUGUAG